AACUUUUUUCAAAAAGCGCGAAGCAAACUCUUUUUUUCUUCAAAAAAAGAAAAUACUACAAUUGUUAUUAAGGAAAUAUGAUUGCGUUUUUAUCUCGAUUUAUAGGGGUUCCUUCUUUGUAUAACGUUAUUUGCUUUGAUGGUUGAUGUUUUGUCUUUUGAUUGUAAAAGUGUUGUUGUCGUUAAUAAACUAGUGGUCGGAUCGUUCUUUACAAGUUCUAUUUGGAUCCUCAAAUUUGAAGGGGAAAAGUAUAAGAAAAUAGAGCGCAAAGCCAAAGUGAGUGAGUGAGUGAGUGAGUGAAUGAGUGUAAUGUGACAAGAUUUCCCACGACCACUGUCGUGUUGGGAGCUCGCCCACUGCCGGAACCACUUGUAUGUUGAGACCGCCGCCGUCUAGACCAUCUUCAUCGCCAUCUAUACCAUCUUCCUGGUGGUUUAAGCCUACAACACUAACUCUGAACUUUACAUUUGUGUUUUGAGAGAGAGAAAUGAAUUACGACUUAGCAGCACUAAAGGUGUUUUGUGAGCAACUGAAGAAGGCGCGUGAGAUGUCAUUGCAGAAAACCAUGAGUCUAGGUGGCAUUCUCUUCCAACGUGCCUGGUUACAGGGUGUUCUCGUCUCUGUCUCUAACAAUGGUGAUCACUUGCUCCUUGAUGAUGGAACCGGCCUUGUCCAACUCUCUCCCUCUGCAGACUCUCGUGUUCGACCUUGGAGAAUUGGAAUGUAUGUGAUGGUGGUUGGUGGCUACGUUGUAUGUCCGGAUGACCAUCCAAUGAUCAAGGUUCAUAAGAUGGUGGAUCUUUCAGCUUUUCCAGAUCGAGAGGCAAUGUGGUAUUUGGAAGUUAUUGAAGCAUACAAACUAUUCUAUGAGCCACUGAUAGAUGAUUUUGUAUAGUUGCAUUGAGUGACAGACAUAGCUCAGAUAAUUCAAAUUACUAAGGUUUUAUUUGGAAAUAUAUAUGUUAGAAAAUCUGAAACUUCGCAUGCAUGUUUCAAUUUCAUAAAGAUAUAAACAUUAUCUUUCAGUGCUAGUGAUAAUGCAUCAAAACAUAAACUUUUUUUUUA